AUGGUGGCAAGUUCAGACUCCGAGGGUCACGACUUCCAGUUACGUAUUCAGCCUAGAACAGGCUUCACCAAUCGACUUCUGACACGGUCCCUUGUUGGAGUUACGCAGCUCAGCGCUCUCGUAGAAGGACCUUACGGACACGGAUUUGACCUACGAGACUUUGGCACAGUGGUUCUAUUUGCUAGUGGAAUUGGGAUUGUCGGCCAUCUUGCGUACAUUCAAGAGCUUGUACACGACUACCGGCAGUCUAAGACAAAGACUAGGGAUCUUCUUCUGGUCUGGCAUGUGGACAACAAAUACCAGCUGGACUUGGUGUGGGAGGUCAUGAACAAUAUACUGAGAAGAGAUGAUCUUCCAGGCACUGCGAUACGCCAAGAUACACGCACUCCGUCCGGGAACGAAAAGAUAGACCGACACCUAGGCGGUAGCAGCACCAACGAAAGCCCAGGGAUACGACCUGCACCACAUGGAGAGAAUAUUAUCGAUGUGUAUAUCUAUGGCAACUACGAGAUAUUAGAUGAAACAGGACAUGCAGUACCAUACAAACGGGCAGGCAGCCGAAUUGCUGAGGUGGAAGGAAAGCCGGAUUAUGCGCAUACCGGCAAAUGA